UUUUCUAGGUUAGAGAGAACGAAUGACUGAAUUGAAUUUGCAAGUAAAAUUUGUCGUAAUCAUGUGUUUUUCAUCUCUUUCGGAUUUGCAGAAGUGAUCAUCUUACUUAUACACUGUACUGCCCGAUAACAGUGAUAAUACUAUUGACCACGUUCUUCUUAGUUUUCCGGCAGAUUUUUCAAUUCAUGAAGUGGUAAAUCCUUUAUCCCUCUCAGAGGUGUUUACUCAAGCCAGAAACACCAAUGCCACAUGAUGGGUUCUCAAAGUAAUUCCAUUAAUCCUCUUCUCUCAGAAUUAGUGAAAUUCGGAGCCAGUGAAGAAUAUGAAAGAGCCCUGAAAACUGCAAACAAAGUUUUACAGCAGCAACCUAAUGAAGAAAAUGCGCUUGGUUACAAGAUUAUUUGUCUGAUUCACUUGUCUCGUUUUCAAGAUGCCUUACAAGUUUUGAAGCAAGCUCCUAAACAAAUUUCAGAGAAACUUCUUUUUGAAAAAGCCUAUUGUCAAUACAAGCAAGGCGCAGUUCAAGAAGCGCUGAAAACAGUUAGUUUAGCAGACGAUAAUUUAAAGAUCAAAGAGCUGAAAGCUCAAAUUUUGUACAGAUUAGAAAGGUAUGAAGAGUGUUAUGACGCUUAUCAAGAAAUCUUGAAGAACUCUGAUGAUGUGUAUCAGGACGAAAGGAAGACCAAUUUAUCCGCCGUCAUUGCCAAUCUGACCAUUGAAGGAUCUAAGAAACAAGUUGCACCAAUUGAUGAAAGCACCUAUGAGCGAGUUUACAACGCAGCCUGUAAGCUGAUUGGCCUAGGUCAAUACAAUGAGGCCGAAAAAAAAUUGCGACUCGCAGAGAAAAUGUGCCGAGAAGCACUCUCGGAAGAUGAUGCCUCAGAAGAAGAUAUCGAAAAAGAAAUUUCUAUCAUCAGAGUCCAGUUAGGAUUUGUGACGCAAACCUUAGGGCGUGAAAAGGAAAGUUUGGAAAUCUAUAACUCAAUUUUGAAGGAGAAACCGGAUGACCCCGCAUUAGUUGCCAUAGCAUGCAAUAAUGUUGUUGUAUUAAAUAGAGAAAGGGACCAAAAUGUCUUUGAUUCCAAGAAAAAGAUUAAGAGUGCGACAUCAGAAAAUCUGGACCAGAAACUAACCACCCGGCAGCGGAAAGAUAUUGCGCUGAACAACUGUUUAUUUGCUCUCUACACAAAUCAGGUCGAAUUUUGCAACCAACUCUGCUCGAAGUUGACCGAAAAAUUUCCAGACACCGCUCGCCAUGUCAUAAUAAUCAAAGCCUUGUUGCAAGCUAAAAGCGGUAAAGGGAAGCAGGCGCAUAAAAUUCUGUCAGACUACAUAGAGUCUCAUCCAGAAUAUCAGUUUGAAUUAGGACUUGCUGAUGUUCAGCUUUUAUUAGAAGAGGGAGACAUUGCCACUGCCACACAGAUUUUAGAAAAUUUAGGCGACAAUUCCUUCAAACCUGGAAUAGUGAGUGCUUUAGUCACUCUUUAUCUUGCUCAAAACGAUUGGAAAACAGCUUCCAAAACUCUGGAGAAGGCUGUAGACUGGUACCGUAAAAAUAAGGUCAGCAAUGAUAAUUUAGAGGCCCUAUGGAAACAAGCAGCAGACUUUCACAUGCGGCAAGGAGAACCAGAUGUUGCGGCCAAGAGUAUGGAGGAACUUCUCAAAAUUUAUCCUGAUGACAAACAACUUCAAGCUAAACUGCUGAUUGCUUACGCGCAGUUUGAUCAAAACAAAGCUGAAAGCUUGAGUAAAAAGCUUUCCCUGGGUUCGAAAGGCACUGAUGUUGAUGCUUUGGAAGCUCUUAGUUGGAUUAUGGGAACUAAAGUCAUUAAGAAAGCCUCGAAAGUUGACCAAACUCCAAAAAGUACAAAUAGCGAACUGAUUGAGAAGAAAAAGAAAAGGAAGAAGAAACCCGGCAAGUUACCGAAGAAUUACGACCCAUCAGUACCUCCGAAUCCAGAACGGUGGCUACCAAGACAUGAGCGCUCUGGUUACAGAAAAAAUAAGCGGGAAAGAGACCGUGACCGUCGAAAUAAAGAUGCCCAAAUCGGCAAAGGAACUCAGGGUGAUGCUGCAAAUGCUGCUGAUCAGUUCGACAUAACAAAAAUGUCGUCUCAAGCCAAACAAAGCGUCGUACCAAACAGUCCACGCCCUGCUGUCGUAGAAGUUGAGGGUCCCAGGAGAAAACCUCAUCAAAUGAAGAAGAAAAAGCGAAAAUGAACGCACUCAAGAUCCUUGCUUUAGAAUUUGAGGUGUUUGCGUAAGAGCUAUGAUUUAAUUACAAAUCAAAUUUUUCACUUUUUAUUGUCCUGUCUCUUUUUUGUUAUCUUUAUGAACAGUCAGUUUGCCUCUUAAAGUUUGUGAAAUUCUAAUCGGCUGGACUCAGUUGACCAUACAUUUUACCAUGUUUUUGCCCUUUCUUGAUGGUUUUCAUUUUAAGAGGUUGAAAUCUACUAUCCAAGUAUAAUCACUGCGCAAUGUCCUCAGCUGCCAUUUGUGAUAUUUUUCACUUAUAUUAUAUCGCCAAUUCAGUGACAUCAACUUACCUUAAUACUGAUGAGAUUUUUUUUAUUACGAUGAUCAACCAAGUUUUUUUAACAACAGAAUUACUCAACUUUCUAGCAUUAUAAUUUAGGGGAAUAUUUUUUUUCUUGUAUUUAUAUGAUAGAGCUACACCGGGUUUCCUGCCUAUUUUGUAAAGUAGGCGUGCAUUUAUUUUGUGUAUGCUCAUUGCCACUUGCAUUUGGAUCAACCGUGCUUUGGACCUUUUCAGUUUAUGCUAGCUUUUUCAUUUUUUCUGAUAGUAAUUUUCAAUUUGUACAUUCUCUGUUCUGAGUAAUUGGCUCCUAUUCAGAGGUGCUGAACCAAGGAAGUUACCUCCCAAUUUGAGGCAAAAAAACUGGCCCCUAAAAAUACAAAUUUAUAGCAGCAUAUUUAGUUGUCUAUAAUCCUCUUAUCAACAAGACUAUAUUAACAUCAAAUAUUUCUCUUUGACUUCCAGCAUCAGCUAGUUAAAACGAGGAAUUCUCUUACAAAAGAUAGGAAUUGAAUUUAUAUCUACACUAGCAUGAUUCUAAUUUCUUAGAUUUUUUUAAUUUUAUUUUUAUUUUUUGAAAGAGGUUCUAGAUUUUUCUUUUAGGAUAUUUUUUUUUUGUGGCAUUGAAGCUUUUAAUUUUAAAUCACAUGCUCUUGUAUAGUGAACCAUUUGAUUGGAAAAACUGACUGACAGUUGAUUAAAUGAAUGAUUCAACAAGUGAGAAACUGUAUUGUUUGUUGAUUCUUCCAUGGUGAUAUAUAUUUGAUGAUGCCAGAUUUUUGAAUCUCCUGGUUAUGGGACCUCUUGCAAUUUUUUUCAUCUUCCGUUGAAAUCCCUUUAAAAAUUAAAAAUAAGUACUGCAUUAUGUUCUGCAGUGGCAACUACUUCUCAAUUUACACAAUAUAAAGUCCAUUCACUCACUGAUUUUAGUUUACUCAGUACAAAAUUCAUUUUAAAGCUCACAUAGGAUUUUUGUGAAAGUAACUUGUAAGCUUAAAUAAAUGUUAAACAAGGAAAGUACCAAACUGAAUAAAAUGAGAAUCCCUUAACUUAAAAAACUCAAACUUUUCUUAUUUAUUUCUUUAUCCAUACAUUGUCUCGUAGUGUCCACGGCCCUCCCACUUCAGCGGUGAUAGCGCAACUAUAGUCUACAAUUGUGCUCUUAUUGCUAAAGAGGGAGGGUGGCAAAUCCUCCAAAACGCUGUAAGAAUUAAGAAAUAGGAGCUAGGGAAGUUUGAGUUUUUUUAAAUUCAGCGAUUCCCAUUUAAUUUACCCCACAAGUGCGUGACACAUUAGAGUUGAAGUCCUUUCCUUAUCUUGGCUUUUA